GCGAAUUUUUGCUGUGUUCUUCAUGGGAAAAAAUGGAGCAUGAUGAUUGUAAGAACAACAUUGUCCAUCGAUUGAGUGGGUUGCGGAUCGACAUGGACGAGGAGGAGCUCACGGCGCAAGAAACGGCCCUCUACGAUCGCCAGAUCCGAGUGUGGGGCGUCGAUGCGCAGAAGAGAUUAAGCAGGGCUCACGUACUGAUUAGCGGUUUGAGUGGUGCAACUGCUGAGCUUUGCAAGAACAUUGUUCUGGCAGGAGUUGGGAGUUUGACAUUGGUGGAUCCUCGUCCUGUUACAGAGGAUGCUUGUAAUGCGAACUUUCUUAUUCUUCCUGAGAACAUAAACGGUGGCAGAUCGCUAGCAGACGUCUGCUGUGAGUCUCUAAAAGAUUUCAAUCCGAUGGUUCGGGUUUCAGCCGAAAAAGGUGACUUAAUGCAGUCUGACGGGGAAUUUUUCAACAAGUUUGAUGUUGUAGUUAUUAGUUGCUGCUCUUCUAAAGCUAAGAAAUUGAUUAAUGAGAAAUGUCGCAAAAGGUCAAGGCGCAUGGCAUUCUAUACAGUAGAAUGCAGAGAUUCUUGUGGUGAAAUUUUUGUCGACCUGCAGAAUUACACAUAUAUGCAGAAAAGCUCUGAUGAUACUGCUGAAUGUCAAUUGGAUUUUCCGAGUCUUGAGGAAGCUAUUUCAAUACCUUGGAUGGAUCUUCCAAGAAAAGUGAGCAAAUUGUUCUUCGCCAUGAGAGUGUUGGAUAUGUUUGAAUCGUCCAAAGAACGGAAUCCUGGUGAAACAUCUAUUUCCGAUCUUCCUGAAAUUCUGAAGUUGAGGGAGGAAAUGUGUAAUGCUCAGUCUGUGAAAGACUAUGACUCUCUCGUCCCACAAAGUCUCCUGGAGCGGCUACUGGCAGCUGGAACGAAAGAACAUCCACCAGUAUGUGCAAUUCUUGGUGGAAUUCUUGGGCAGGAAGUGAUUAAAGCAAUCUCUGGUAAAGGAGGCCCUCUCAAGAACUUCUUCUACUUCGAUGCUGCCGAUGGGAAAGGCGUGAUAGAGGACAUCUCAAAGCCUCAUGCAGGCUGAGAUAUUCUUCUUUGACUCAAAGGUGGUAACUUGUUUUGCUAAAAAGAAAUAGGUUUCUUUUCUAACUUGAUGUCUUUUUAGUUUUGACACCAUUAGUUCUAUGUAUUGUUCAAAGCUAGUCUCAGGUAAUCCUAAUUUUGAUAUACAACCAUAAUUACUUUAGGAAACUCUGUGCAAGUUUGCUGUAGGAAACUUCCUGUUACAUAUAACGUGGUUUAUUGGUUUCUUUCCAAAAAUUUGCAACUAGAUGUAUCAGUGCAGUAAAUGCUUAUUAUGGAAUGGUUGAUAGAAGGGAUUUGUAUCGGAAAA